GCGCUCCAGCUAGCAUGAGGACGGCUCCUCCGUCCGUCCGCACUCAGUUCAUCCGGCUGUCAGUUGGUGUUAACGCUGCAGUUUAAGCGCUCUCGGAUUCCAAGGGAGCAAACCUCCCAGAAGGAAAGCAGAGGAAAGAGCGAAGGAAGGAACCACUGGAGGAAGAGAAGAGGCAGAGCAGCGAGAGGAAGAAAGGAAGGGGGGCAACACCAAAUCUAUGAUUGGACCUGGGCUUCUUUUUCGCCAAUGCAAAAAGGAAUAUGCAGCACAUCUUUGCCUUCUUCUGCACCGGUUUCCUAGGCGCGGUAGUAGGUGCCAAUUUCCCGAACAAUAUCCAGAUCGGGGGACUAUUUCCAAACCAACAGUCACAGGAACAUGCCGCCUUUAGAUUUGCUUUGUCGCAACUCACAGAGCCCCCAAAGCUGCUCCCCCAGAUUGAUAUUGUGAACAUCAGUGACAGCUUUGAGAUGACCUAUAGAUUCUGUUCCCAGUUCUCCAAAGGAGUCUACGCCAUCUUUGGGUUCUACGAACGAAGGACUGUCAACAUGCUGACCUCCUUCUGUGGGGCUCUCCAUGUGUGCUUCAUCACACCCAGCUUUCCUGUAGAUACUUCCAAUCAAUUCGUCCUCCAGCUGCGCCCUGAACUUCAGGAUGCCCUCAUCAGCAUCAUUGACCACUAUAAGUGGCAGAAAUUUGUCUACAUCUAUGAUGCUGACCGGGGUUUGUCCGUUCUUCAGAAAGUCCUAGACACAGCAGCAGAGAAGAACUGGCAGGUGACAGCAGUCAACAUUUUGACAACCACAGAGGAAGGAUACAGGAUGCUCUUUCAGGACCUGGAGAAGAAAAAGGAGCGGCUGGUGGUGGUGGACUGCGAAUCAGAACGUCUCAAUGCCAUCUUGGGCCAGAUUGUAAAGCUGGAAAAGAAUGGCAUUGGCUACCACUACAUCCUGGCCAACCUGGGCUUCAUGGACAUUGACUUAAAUAAAUUCAAAGAGAGUGGAGCAAAUGUGACCGGGUUCCAACUGGUGAACUACACAGACACUGUCCCAGCCAAGAUCAUGCAGCAGUGGAAGACCAGUGAUGCCAGGGACCACACCCGGGUGGACUGGAAGAGACCCAAGUACACCUCUGCCCUCACCUAUGAUGGGGUGAAGGUAAUGGCGGAGGCUUUCCAGAGCCUGCGGAGGCAGCGGAUUGAUAUAUCUCGCCGGGGGAAUGCUGGCGACUGUCUGGCCAACCCAGCUGUGCCUUGGGGUCAGGGCAUCGACAUCCAGAGAGCCCUGCAGCAGGUGCGAUUUGAAGGUUUGACGGGAAAUGUGCAGUUUAACGAGAAAGGGCGCCGGACCAACUACACCCUCCAUGUGAUUGAAAUGAAACACGAUGGCAUCCGGAAGAUUGGCUACUGGAAUGAAGAUGAUAAGUUUGUCCCUGCAGCCACUGAUGCUCAAGCUGGAGGUGACAACUCAAGUGUGCAGAACAGAACAUACAUCGUCACCACAAUCCUAGAAGAUCCUUACGUGAUGCUCAAGAAGAAUGCCAACCAGUUUGAGGGAAAUGACCGCUACGAGGGCUACUGUGUGGAGCUGGCAGCAGAAAUCGCCAAGCAUGUGGGCUACUCCUACCGCCUGGAGAUUGUCAGUGAUGGGAAAUAUGGAGCCCGGGAUCCUGACACAAAGGCCUGGAAUGGCAUGGUGGGAGAGCUGGUGUAUGGAAGAGCAGACGUGGCCGUGGCCCCCUUAACUAUUACAUUGGUUCGGGAAGAGGUUAUAGACUUCUCCAAGCCAUUUAUGAGUUUGGGUAUCUCCAUCAUGAUAAAAAAGCCACAAAAGUCCAAGCCAGGAGUGUUCUCCUUCCUCGACCCUUUGGCUUACGAGAUUUGGAUGUGCAUAGUCUUUGCCUACAUUGGAGUGAGCGUCGUCCUCUUCCUGGUCAGCCGCUUCAGCCCCUAUGAGUGGCACAGUGAAGAGUUUGAGGAAGGACGAGACCAGACAACCAGCACUGACCAGUCAAAUGAGUUUGGGAUAUUCAACAGUCUGUGGUUCUCCCUGGGAGCUUUCAUGCAGCAAGGAUGUGACAUUUCUCCCAGGUCCCUGUCUGGACGCAUCGUUGGUGGUGUCUGGUGGUUCUUCACCUUAAUUAUCAUCUCCUCCUAUACAGCCAAUCUGGCUGCCUUCCUGACUGUGGAGAGGAUGGUGUCUCCCAUCGAGAGUGCAGAGGACCUAGCAAAGCAGACAGAAAUCGCCUAUGGGACCCUAGAAGCAGGAUCCACUAAGGAAUUCUUCAGGAGAUCGAAAAUCGCUGUGUUUGAGAAGAUGUGGACGUACAUGAAGUCAGCAGAGCCAUCAGUUUUUGUGCGGACCACAGAGGAGGGGAUGAUCCGAGUGAGAAAAUCCAAAGGCAAAUAUGCCUACCUCCUGGAGUCCACCAUGAAUGAAUACAUUGAGCAGCGGAAGCCCUGUGACACCAUGAAAGUGGGAGGUAACUUGGAUUCCAAAGGCUAUGGCAUUGCGACACCCAAGGGGUCCGCCCUGAGAGGUCCCGUAAACCUAGCGGUUUUGAAACUCAGUGAGCAAGGCGUCUUAGACAAGCUGAAAAGCAAAUGGUGGUACGAUAAAGGGGAAUGUGGAAGCAAGGACUCCGGAAGUAAGGACAAGACAAGUGCUCUGAGCCUCAGCAAUGUGGCGGGCGUGUUCUACAUCCUGAUUGGAGGACUUGGCCUAGCUAUGCUGGUUGCCUUAAUCGAGUUCUGCUACAAAUCCCGUAGUGAAUCCAAGCGGAUGAAGGGUUUCUGUUUGAUCCCACAGCAAUCCAUCAACGAAGCCAUACGGACAUCGACCCUCCCCCGAAACAGCGGAGCAGGAGCCAGUGGCAGCGGCAGCGGAGAGAACGGCCGGGUGGUCAGCCAUGACUUCCCUAAGUCGAUGCAAUCCAUUCCGUGCAUGAGCCACAGUUCAGGGAUGCCCUUGGGAGCCACAGGAUUAUAACUGGAGCAGACAGAAAACCCGUGGGGAGCAGGCUCGGGCUCCCCCAGCCCCAUCCCAAACCCUUCAGUGCCAAAAACAACAAAAUGAAAUGCCACCACCACCAACCACCACAACCACAAGGAGGAAGAGUCAACAGAUUUCCCUGAAGAAUUAAAAAACAACAACAACAACAAAACACUUCCCUGUCCCUUUUCUUUUUUUGAUGUUCUUUCACCCUUUUACGUUUGCUGACAAUGUACUACAACAACAGGAACGUAACCCCGUCUAAUGAAGCCUGGGUCUGAAAACGGAGUCCCUAAACACCAAUGAAGAAACUGGUUUUUUUUUUCUUUUAAUUCAGUCUUUAGUGUGUCUUAGUGUGUGCAGUUUUU